GCGCCAUUUUUCAUCGAGCGGAAGUUUGCCUUUUUACUCAAUUGUUACGAAGCGAGCGCACUUUCAAUCCGUUUUUAGAGUCGAAUAUUGAUUGCUGGUGUGUUUCUAGAAAGAGCUUUCAGUACGCAGAGUUGGUUCGACAGGGUGCUUGUUACGAAGCACUGCACAGCAUGUACGUCUUUUUGGUUUUAGCCUCGCUGAUGGUUGCUAACCCAGCGUUAGCGUACUUGUCAGCGGGCAUGAAGGAUCAGUUUCUAUCGGACGUACUGCUGCGCGAGCUGGUCGACAGGAUGGGUAAGGAUUUGGCUGAAGCGGCCGACUCCUACGUCGAUCCGGCGGCCCUGGACGAGCUCUCCAUGGGACGGCUGGCGAUGAUGGCGCGGGUGACGAAGGAUCUGGAGUCGGAGCAGCUCGAUUACGAUGCGUUGCUCGAUGGCUCCAACCCGAAUCCAUCGCCGCGUGACCAGGAGUACAUGCAGCACAGUUCCCUUUGGGGACACCAGUACGUAUCGGGUGGUGCCGGCGAGGGCCCGAACCGGCCAAAGCCGCAGGUGAAGACGGAUGCCAGUCUUCCGGCGUACUGCAAUCCUCCCAAUCCGUGCCCGGUCGGGUACACCGAGGAUCAGGGUUGUACGAUGGACUUUGAAAAUACGGCCGCCUUCAGCCGGGAGUACCAGGCAGCCCAGGAUUGUAUGUGCGAUGCCGAGCACAUGUUCAACUGCCCGGCGGCCGGUCCAAGCGAAAGUAACCCCCAGAUGGAUUCCGAUCUCGAGAGCUUCAUCGCUCGCCAGUUCCACACCCAGGAGCACAAGAAUCUGGUGGCCAAGAAGUUCCACGUCAAGAAGAGCUCGAAUCCGUUCCUGCUCGGCGAAAAGCUACCUGUUGCUGCCAAAAAAGGCUUCAACGUUAAUGUUUAAGACGUGAGCAACUUGUGAUUGGAAAAAUGAUGAUCGACCAAACGCAAACGCAACAUACGACCGAACCGAAUGGAUGGAUGGAUGAACCGAAUGGACAAGAGUAAGCAACUUUGCUCCACAGUCGCUAAUGGAUAGCAUGCAACCAAUGGAAAACUAAUAGCCCACCCCUUCCCCUUAGGUUAUAAGGCAAACAUGCAAAAACCCAGUAUCACUCACUCAUUCACUCACUUCCACUACUGCAACUGGGAAUCAGACGUAAACGGAAACACAGAAUAGUCACUAUUCGUUUGCAAAUGUGCAAAACUAUGAAAAUGUAGUUGAUGUCCCAAAAUUCACAAACUCUACGAUUGCGGUAGGUUUUCGUUUUUUGUGGGAUGCUCGGUAUGCAGCACCGUAGCAGUGCAGCAGUGUUUUCCUAUGAGCAGUGGUUUUCUUUCAAUGCUCAUACCAUCGCAACAAUCAUUCUAGGUGUUGAUAAAGUCGCCCGAAGUCAGUUUGUUUAAAAGAACACCAUGCAACAGUACCGUAAAACACAACGCUGGUAAUGAAACGAUGAUCUGCUUUAAUACUGCUAAUUCAUUCUUCAACGUAUUUUGUACGAGAAUAUGUUUAACAGCAGAUGUGGCAGCAGGAAUUAGUAUAAGCACAACUCUAUUUCCCUCUAGCGACAAAUUGGAACGCACAGAGUUUCCACAUAGAAUAUAUGGAUCUCCUCUGACUCUUACAGACACUACACGGUUAACUUAAACAUAAAUGCAGGAUGUCCUUUUUUAUGCAAAAAAAAACGAAAAGUAAAUGGCAGAUAACCGGAAUAGAACCGGUCAACUAAUGUACUCUUCGAAAUGCUUCUAGGCUCCAGGCAAAUGCCUUUAACAAAAUUGCCAAUUCUUCAACUAACCACUGGAAAACAAUCAUUCGUUCUAUGUCGCUGAAGGAAAGGUUAGAAAGGAAGCUUUGUUAAAGCGUAGAGCGUCGUGCAACCAUAGUCAAUUCGAUCAGUCCAAAUCCCCCUCAGAAUAUCAGCUUUCUAAAGCACUUCCUUUUUAUUCCAAAAACAGCGGAACCUGAUCUCAUUGAUGGUCACCUUUUUACUCUAACGGAAACGUAGAUUCACUGCUAACGAUUGUUUUUCGAUCGUAAGAUGAUCGGCAACCAUUAUACAAACAAUUAUAAGCAGCAAUUUUGUAAGAUCCAGAGGUAAGCGCGGUGAAGCGGUUCCACUUGCUUGGACAUCUCGUUUUGUGAAAACAAACAGCGGGUCGCAUUUCUUUUGUUUCCCUUUACGUCCAUCUUAUUAUCACCUAACCGAAUGCAAACAUGGCUGCGAUAGCAAUCCUCCAGUGCCAUUGAUGGCGCCUAAGAUCCGAGCUGCUAUCGUGUGAUACAAGGAAUUAAAAGGAAAGCGUCCGCUAAGGAUAAUCACAUCGAGAGAAACCACACAGUGGGGCAGCUUUCCGCUAGGUCUUUUAUUUUGUAUAACGGGGUGUGUAACGUAAAAUAGCAUCCGUAACACUGCUCAUCUGGUGCUCGACCUGAUGCGCAUUACGUAGUUUACCUUAUCAAUAGUAGGGAGGUAGAUGAAUUAAUUCAUACCUUAGGUCAACCAUCACGAACAGCUGGUGAUGAGGCAGAUAAGCAGAUAACGAAGCUGUACUUUCGUUGUGUAGCCAGAACAUUCAACGCUCACAGACAAAAAGCAGCACACCAUAAGUCGCUCGUGUGCAGUCACGAACAAGCACCCACAAGACAUCGAGAGUGACUAUCCAGCUAACCAUUCACACGUUGAAUGGGAAAUGAAAUCGACUAGAAAUUUGACUAUAACUUCUUCGCAACAAUGAAUCAAGAAUACUAAAGUGCAUCAACAGCAAAUCGUACAUCCGAUAAGGAUAUGGUAACGAUACAACCCAUUGGCACACCAACAACUGUCUUGGCGAUGGGUGUUGUGUUGCUGUUGAUGUCACACGAAAGAGAAAUGAUACACAUACACAACACAUAAAACCACAGGCAGGGGUGCAUAUACGGUUACAAUUGUUGCAAAAUACGAUCACUGAUCGGUAGAUGAUUGUCUCCAUUUUUACGGGUUCCAUUCCAUCUAAACCCAGUCUAUAGUCCGCUGCGAUAAGAAGAUCUUUCGGCGGAAUAUUGCGUUGUUACGAAAAUCUAGUGCAAUCGAAUUCCAUCUACAGUUGGGCUUGAUUUUCCGAUCGUUUAUUUCGUCGUCCUCGCUCGAACUGGCAACAAAAUGGACACCUUCAUUGGCCGGGCAACAGACGAAUCGUAUUGCACGACACGGUCACAACACACUAUACACAGAGUAUUUACACAGAGACAGCAAUGUAGGUUGCAGAAAUGAGAAUAUUAUAAAAUGUUUAAAGCAUGAGUAACAACUUCAACAACACACCACAACUACUUUUAGUGAUUCCAAUCGAAGGCCAUGUUUAACAACACGUGCUGUAAAAGAACACACAUCGACACACAACAUAUGCAUGCGUUGUGUGGAAAACACGGAGAGGCAGAAACUAUACAUAUAUACAUAUACAUAUAAACCAAAUAAUCUACUUUUGUAUUUAUAACAAAAAUAUUCUAUAUACAUAAAGAUAUGUAUACAAAGACACCUUUAACAAAUAUAGUGCCAGGGUGGAAGUCGUA